AUGUACUCGACCAGCCUCAUUCGCUGGUUCGCUCUUGCCCUUGUGGCUGCGCUCCCGCUCGUCAGCGCCCUUGGUGCUGUUCCUUUCCCUGACCAGGACCCUUUCUACUACCCCCCUAGUGGCUGGCAGUCGAAGCAGCCUGGUGCCAUCUUGCGCUCGCGUAAGAUCCAGGCUGCCAGUGUGGGUAUCCUCCAGUUCAACCUGGAUGCCUGGCAGAUGCUCUACCGCACUAACGGUGUCACUCGUGACCAGCCUUCGUACACGGUGACUACUGUCCUUGUGCCCAACAACGCUAAGCGUGACCACGUUGUCACCAUCUCGUCGCCUGAGAAUGCUAACUUCAUUCGCUGCGCUCCCAGUUACGCUUUCCGUCACACUGGUGUACUUGAAAUUACCAACUUCGAGCCUCGUUGGGAGCAGAUGAUCUACACCCUCUUCCUUGAGGAGGGCUGGAUUGUCAACGCUCCUGACCACGAGGGUCCGGCUAGCGCUUUCUCGGCUGGUCGUCUUGGUGGUCACAUGGUUCUUGACUCGAUGCGUGCUGUGCAGAACUACGGUCCUCUGAAUGUGCCGAAGGGUGCUAUGCACCUUGGUCACGGUUACUCGGGUGGUUCGAUCCCCAACGGUUGGGCUGCUUCGCUUAAGAACGUGUACGCUCCUGAGCUCAACGUUGUUGGCUGGUCGCUCGGUGGUACCAUGACUGACCCUAUGAUGACACUGGGCUUCCUUGACGGUGGUGCGACUUCUUCGCUUGUGCUUUCGGGUGCUGUUGGUCUUAUUGAUGCUUACCAUGACGAGAUCUACGACCUCUUCGAGAACGAGAUCUGGACCGAUGCCGGUAAGCAGGCUGUUGAGGUGACUCGCAACGCCUGUGUGUACGAGAUGGUCAUUCGCUUCUUCGGUCAGCGCAUUCAGUCGUCGAAGUACAUCAAGGGUGGUCACAAUCUGACUCACUGGCCGCAAGUGACUGCUAUUACGAACAAGAACAUUUUGGGUCGUUACCCGCAGUACACGCCUCGUGAACCGGUGUUUAUGUUCCACGCGGCUUACGAUGAGGAGAUCAUCUGGUACCAGGCUAACAACACUGCCGUGUCUUGGUGCAACAACGGUGCCAACGUCCGCUUCCUGACCUACACUUCGCACGACCUGAACCACGUGUCGACCUACCUGCUGAACGUGCCGUACAUUAUCUUGUACAUGCGUGACCGUUUCGCUCGCAAGUCAUACUACAACGGUGGUUGCCAGUUCGAUGUUCAGGCUCAGGACCCGGCCUUUGAUGUGUCAAUUCUUGGUGAGCGCUUCCGUGAGUUCCUGGUGGCUAUUCUCGACCUUCUCGGCAAGGAGAUUGGUCCGAACGACAGCAUUAUCAGGCGGAAGCUGCGUGACGGCAAGAACCCUAACAAGGAUGGUCUUACCCACAUCAACGGUCUCACUUCGACCAACGUUACCCCGGGUCAGGGUGGUAACAACUCGAAGAAGAGCAAGGCUGCUACCAGCCGCUACAAGCAGAAGCAACAGAACGGCACUGCCGAGCAGGCUGACAACUAA